AGAGGUGACUCGAGGACGCGGAGGCAGCGCAUGCCCCGCCCCGCCUGCCUUCCAGCACCGGUCCUCUGGCGCCGACUCCCAGUCCCUCUCGCAGCCUUCAAAUCGCGCUCCGCAUCUGGACUCUCGUGAGAGCUGAGACUUGUCCCGGAAGACCCGCCCCCUGAGCUGGAGAGGCCAAUGGGCGAGGGCAACGGUUGCGACGGUUGCGUUUUGAAGGAGCCAAUGGGUGCUCGGAGCGGAGAGUUUAAGAGGCUUAAGCCAGGCGUGUUGAAGCCGGUCCGAACUGCAACCUGAUAGGGAGCGCACGGGCUCCGCAGGCACCAACUGCAAGGACCCCUCCCACUGCGGGCGCUCCCAUGGCGCAGUUCGCGUUCGAGAGUGACCUGCACUCCCUGCUUCAGCUGGAUACACCCAUCCCCAAUGCACCCCCCGCGCGCUGGCAGCGCAAAGCCAAGGAAGCCGCAGGCCCGGCCCCCUCACCCAUGCGGGCCGCCAACCGAUCCCACAGCGCCGGCAGGACUCCGGGCCGAACUCCUGGCAAAUGCAGUUCCAAGGUUCAGACCACUCCUAGCAAACCUGGCGGUGACCGCUAUAUCCCCCAACGCAGUGCUGCCCAGAUGGAGGUGGCCAGCUUCCUCCUGAGCAAGGAGAACCAGCCUGAAAACAGCCAGACGCCCACCAAGAAGGAACAUCAGAAAGCCUGGGCUUUGAAUCUGAACGGUUUUGAUGUAGAGGAAGCCAAGAUCCUUCGGCUCAGUGGAAAACCACAAAAUGCCCCAGAGGGUUACCAGAACAGACUGAAAGUACUCUACAGUCAAAAGGCCACGCCUGGCUCCAGCCGGAAGACCUGCCGUUACAUUCCUUCCCUGCCAGACCGUAUCCUGGAUGCCCCAGAAAUCCGAAAUGACUACUACCUGAACCUUGUGGAUUGGAGCUCUGGGAAUGUCCUGGCUGUGGCACUGGACAACAGUGUGUACCUGUGGAGUGCAAGCUCUGGUGACAUCCUGCAGCUUUUGCAAAUGGAGCAGCCUGGGGAAUAUGUAUCCUCUGUGGCCUGGAUCAAAGAGGGCAACUACUUGGCUGUGGGCACCAGCAGUGCUGAGGUGCAGCUAUGGGAUGUGCAGCAGCAGAAACGGCUUCGAAAUAUGACCAGUCACUCUGCCCGAGUGGGCUCCCUAAGUUGGAACAGCUAUAUCCUGUCCACCUUGGCUAUAUGUCAUGCACACACCAGCUCCUCUCCACAGGUAUGCUCCAUCCUCUGGUCUCCCCACUACAAGGAGCUCAUCUCAGGCCACGGCUUUUCACAGAACCAGCUGGUUAUUUGGAAGUACCCAACCAUGGCCAAGGUGGCUGAACUGAAAGGUCACACAUCCCGGGUCCUGAGUCUGACCAUGAGCCCAGAUGGGGCCACAGUGGCAUCCGCAGCAGCAGAUGAGACUCUGAGGCUAUGGCGCUGUUUUGAGUUGGACCCUGCACGGCGGCGGGAGCGGGAGAAGGCCAAUGCAGCCAAAAGCAGCCUCAUCCACCAAGGCAUCCGCUGAAGACCAAGCCAUCACCUCAGUUGUUUUUUAUUUUUCUAAUAAAGUCAUGUUUCCCUUCAUGUUUAUCUGUU